AUGUCCGAUCCGAGCUCGACAGACGAUGACCUCCUCGCCCGCCUCAACGCGCUCAAGAAGUCCUCUGUCAGCCUAGACACAAAUUACGGCGCGUCAACAACGCCUACGAACCCCCCUAAACCUACUGAUGACCUCGCUGCCCGCUUCGCACGUCUUGGCAGCGCGUCUCCCUCGGGCUCGCCACAGCCGUCACGUACAACGUCCACCAACAACGCAGGCGCACCAGUCGUAGCGCCAGGGGCACCGAGCUACCUGCAAGGAAUAGCCCAGGGUAUAGGAGACUCGAAUGUAGAGUUUAAUGAGGAAGACGAAAAGAGUCUGGAGGAGUUGCUUGGCGAGCUGAAGGGCGCUGUAGGUGACCGAAAAGAAUGGGACGUGUCCAAAGAGGAGCAACAAGAUGUCGGAAAGCUACUGAAAGACAUGCGCAAGAUACUACCAGAAGUAGAACUUACAGACUGGGAGAGCAUCGAAAUCAAUGUUGGAAGUGGAGAGGUUGGUAGGGCUCAGGAAGACAUGGAAAACGAAGAAGAAGAAGGCAACGAAGACAAGAAAACGAGGACCGAGGACGAUGAGGCGGACGAUGUAAUAGCGAGGGUUAUGGCGGAACUAGAGAUUAGCAACAAGUACGAUCCUCCUUCUCCUCCGUCUGGAGAUGACAGGUCGGACUCCGGAGGCCAAAAAAGCAAACCAGAAGAGAACACAACGGACGACGGCUUUACACUUCCUUCCGCCCCGAGCACCCUGCCCGAAGACGACUUCGCACGCAGUCAAGCCAUCGAGGAUGCUUUUACCGCACGCCUGGCCGCCCUAGCUGCCCCUUCUUCAUCACAGGCGGAUCCUCUUGGUCUCCCCUCUGCUCCAUCAUUUGCACCCAGGAACAAACCCCCCGUGUCUGCGAAUAUACAGAAGAAGAUUGAUGAUGAGGUUGAUACAUGGUGUAUCAUCUGCCAGGACGACGCGACUCUGAAGUGCCUGGGUUGUGACGACGAUUUAUAUUGCCAGAACUGUUGGAUGGAAGGCCAUCGAGGGGAGUCUGCUGGCUUCGAGGAGAAGCGACAUAAAGCCGUGUUGUAUUCGAAGAAGAAGAAACAACAAGCUGCUGCGUGA